UAUAAGUCGUAUCUUCAACAUUUGUAUAAAUAGUGUUUAUACUCUUUCUUUCUCUCUAUCUUUUUCCACUUUUCCUCUCUUUUUAGUUUCUUUUCACAUAACUUUUUCUCUCAUUUCCUCCCUUAUCCCAUGGUUCUCAUAUCUCUCCCCCGUGACUACCCUUCCCUUCUACCUCUUCUUCUUCUUCUUCUUCUCCUCCUCCUCCCAAAUCCCUCCCCAUUUCACUCAUGAUUCUCUCUUUCCCUUCUUUUCCUUGCCUCCAUCUCAAAAUCACAGCCAUCUCCACCAUCACCAUAAUUACAGUCGUUCAUCAUGAGGUCCCCACAGGCUGUUCACAAUGGCGAGACCCCUUCCCCUCACCACCGAAUCCCUACCCCUCGCUUUCACUCCACUGUAACUCUCCGUAAACUCAGACGAUUCCAUUCACUGAUUCUCGUCUUCCGACUCGCCGCUUUCACUUUCUCUCUCGCUUCCUCCGUUUUCAUGGUCACUAACUCUCGCGGCUCCGAUUCCCCUCAUUGGUUCGAUUUUGACGCUUUCAGAUUCGUGUUCGCCGCAAACGCAAUCGUGGCUUUGUAUUCGCUUUUCGAAAUGGGCGUUUCUAUUUGGGAGAUCUCCACCGGAGCCACUCUCUUCCCCGAAAUCCUCCAAGUUUGGUUCGACUUUGGCCACGACCAGGUGUUCGCAUAUUUGUUAUUAUCGGCGGACUCGGCCGGAACGGCGUUGGCGAAAGCGUUAAAAGGGACAGCCACGUGUACGACGUCGAACUCGUUCUGCGUACAAUCAGAUAUUUCCGUGGCAUUGGGUUUCGCCGGAUUUCUGUUUCUCGGGUUAUCGUCUCUGCUGUCGGGUUUUCGGGUCGCCUGUUAUAUAAUAAACGGUUCUCGUUUUCAUCUGUAGAUUUUAGAAGGAAGAGAGAAUAUUUUUGGGUGUGUGAAGGUGUAGGCCUUUUACUAUGCACCGUACGCUGUGAUAUUUUCUUUUUAAUUGAUGUAAUGAUGAUAAUAGGUGAUUUACUGAUUUGUGUUUAUUUUACCUUGAUGACGUGGCUAAUGGACUGAUGUAUACAUGAGAGUUGUUGUAUUCUUUAUUUAUUUAUUGCUAACCAAGCUUUGAAUGAAAUUAUUUCCUUUUGUAGCAGUAUGUAAAUGUGGCAUGCCAUUCCUAUGUAUCUUCUAUAAAUCAAUUAAAUAAAUU